GAAUAAUGUUUACAGUUUUGCAGCAGUAUGCGAACGAGCAUGUGUUAGUCAUUGUUUACCCGGUAGGUUCACAACGUCGUUGUACCCUUUAACAGGGCUUAUCACUGGGUCACGACUAAAAUCCGAUUAGUACCUGUGAUUCAUUACACCAAAGCGGUUUGAGUGUUGAAGAUGGCUCUGAAACGAGAGGAGAUCCUGUUGCUAUUCGACGUGGAUGGAACGCUGACGAAACCACGGGCUGUGAUCGAAAAUGAUGUCAAGGAAUUUCUCUAUAAGGAAAUUCAACCACGAGCUACGAUUGGUUUGGUUGGAGGAUCCGAUCUGGAAAAAAUGUUCGAACAGCUGAGCGGACGGGAAAUCCUGGACAAAUUCGAUUAUGUUUUUCCGGAGAACGGAUUGGUUCAAUACGAAAAAGGAGCUGAAGUCGGGAAGGUAUCUAUCAGUCAGUAUUUGGGCGAAGACGUGAUAAAAAGGUUCAUCAAUUUUGUGCUGAAAUAUUUAUCAGAACUAGACAUUCCAGUCAAACGGGGAACAUUUAUUGAAUUUCGUAACGGUAUGCUUAAUGUUAGUCCUAUAGGAAGAAACUGCUCAACAGAAGAGCGGAAACAGUUUUACGAGUAUGACAACAAAAAUCACAUCAGAAAGCAGCUGAUUGAUGUGUUGAAAAAAGAGUUCCAAGGAGUCGACCUAACCUACAGUAUUGGCGGACAGAUCAGUAUCGACGUCUUCCCGAACGGUUGGGAUAAGACGUACUGCCUUCGACAUGCGACCAAGGGCACUAACUUUAAGGAAAUUCAUUUCUUUGGAGACAAGACUGAUCCUGGCGGAAAUGAUCAUGAAAUAUUUUCGGACCCUAGGACCAUCGGACAUAAAGUUACAUCCCCAGAAGAUACCAAGCGCCAAUUAAUAGAAUUGUUUAAAACCUAAGAUUUCAUAUUGCAUCUUAAAAGCAUUUAUUGUAUAUAACAAAAAUCGAUAAAAAUUAGCACAGAGGCUAGACCUUGGGAAGCCCGAAUAAAUGCACUUUCGUAUCACAUAA